AUGCUUCGAUUUCCUUUCUGUGUACAUACGCUGGCACUUCCUCUUUCACUUAAGCGUCCAUUCAUUUCUCACAAUUCGGAAUUCUUGACAAUCGUUCUGGUGGAGUUGAAAAGCACGCUAUACAGCACCUUAGACCUAUUGCUUGACUUGGGAGAUCCUCGGAGACCAGCAGUGUCAGCAUUUUUUCAUUUCUCUAGGCAAGGUAAGCAGGCACUAGAACGCUCAAAUGCCAUCUAUGAAGCUAAUGAGUCUUCGCAGAGUCUUAUCGAAGGACUUCUUACCACCAUGACUGGACUUACGCACAUCGUAGCCACUGAUUUCACUGCACCGGGUAGAACACGAGACGCCGAAGCAAAUCUACUCGACCCGCAGUGGUACACUGACCUGAGAAGCCUGCAUAUACAGAUGAACACCUUCGUGACCAAACUCCUGCUUAAUACCAGCAGCCACAAGCCUCGAACUUAUGGAGUCCGGUAUGAAGUUGGGAAAAGUCUAGAAGUCAUUCUCUCUGCCGGCUCCUUCGAGACGCCAAGUAAGCAGGGAAUCAAACUUCUCGCACAGAGACUACUUAUGCUGAGCGGCAUUGGACCUCCAGAAGAACUCUCGCGUCACGGCAUCAAAACGACAGUUUCUUCCCUUGGUGUAGGCAGGAAUCUGCAAGACCGAUUCGAGUAUGGCAAGACUCCUUCAGCAUUCUCCUCGACAAAGGCCUGCACAUUCAACUAUAAAAAUCCAGAUCUAUGCGAUGCCUUUCUUGAUCGACAUCCGUUCCCGCUGAUUUUAUACAGGCUCUUAAGAGGUGAAAGCCACCCCAGAUCCUUCCAGGCGCUCGCUGUCACGCUGCGGUCUUCCGUCGCAGCACAAUGGGAACCUGAUGUCUAUAUCAGCGGUGCUCCAGCGUUCUUCCGACGUUAUCACCCAAACUAUGCAUCAGAAGCUGUCGCUGAUCCUAUGCAUUGGACCUGGAUCAUUCUCAAGGCCCAGUCGCGGAAUAGGGGAGGCAGGGUGACGCUUCGCUCGACCAAUCCCUUUGCUAUGCCUGAAAUCCAGUUCAAUAGCUUUUCCACUAGCGGCAACGAGGAUGUUCAAGCUAUUAUGGAUGCAGUUGAUUUUGGUCGUCGGGCCUUUGCUGAUUUGAUUCCUCUUGGAGGCGAUGGCUUCACUGAGAACAGUCCUGGCGAAGCGCAGUUUCCUUCGCGGUCCUCUCAAUUGGCUCAGGACAUCCGCGAUAAAGCUUGGGGUUAUCAACACUUGCUGAUCACAGAAUUCUUCGCUUUCUGUAGUGCUUGCGGCACUGCUCGGAUUGGUGCACAAGGCGAUCCUUACGCUGUACUCGACAGUGACUUCCGAGUCAACGGCGUAGACGGUCUACGAGGGGUAGAUGGCUCAAUCUGGCCCAGAACUCCUGGUUUCUUCCUUGCUCUUCCCGUUCACAUUUCUGCCGAGAAGGCAGCAGAUGUGAUUACCGGCAAGGCUCCAGAUCCGUAUUUUGCGACUCCAGACGCAGGCGGUCUUCUCGGCACACUUGGAAAUGGUCCCGUAGGAGGCGUUGUCUCACGCCUGACUGGACAAGGUGAAAGUGCCGGUCUUGGUCUUUUCGUAGGUUUGGUCGUGCCGUCCAAGAUGUUCGCUGUGGCUGACAGAGUCUCUAGGAUAACACGCAGCCAACAGGCGACUAUCCACCAGGCCAGUAAGAAGCUGCCUUCUACUCGAUUCAGCGUUCAAACUGCCGCUGUCCCCGUCGAGAAAGUGUGCAUGAAAUCUCGAGCAGGCUAUAGUCGGACUCUGCAUAGAAAAGGUCCAUGUGCGGACGAUGGAGAAGUUCCCAGAACCACAAACCUGCUGUAUUGGCCCCUUUACUCCUCAGAAGCUCUGCCAAGUCGCAUGAACGCAUUUGCUGUAGGCAUCAGAAAUUUUAGGAUAUCCAGUUCAAGCCUUUCCACCAGACAGCAGCUCUCUUUCUACAAUGCCACCAUGGUGACACAGGAAAGCUACACGAAUAUGAUAACCAUCCCUUCCAUUUCUGCCUCUUACAUCGGACCUGUACAUGUUCAUCAUCGCCGGAGUGUGCGGGUGGCGGGCGUGGAGCUCGUGGCGGUCGUCUUCUGGCCGACGGCAUUGUCAAUACAGCACUUCUGA